UUAUCAAUAAUUUAUAUAAACUUGGUUCAUUCGACAGACUUUUGUAAUAAAAAGUUAUGUAGAGUUCAAAUUGAACCAGGAGUAUUUCAAAAUAUACCACAUAUUGGAUGUAACCAUGAUGGUAAAUAUGGUAAAAAAUGCCCUGCUGAUGCAAAAAUCCUACCAAUGUCAACGAAACGCAAAAAUCUGAUUCUUCGAUUACAUAAUCGCUUACGAAAUAAAGUUGCACUUGGUCAAUUGUCAGGAUAUCCAAAAGCUGUUCGUAUGCCAAUGCUACGAUGGGAUGAUGAGCUUGCCUUUUUAGCUGAAUUGAAUGUCAAACAAUGUGAGAUGAAACAUGACGAAUGUCGAAAUACGGAUAAAUUUCAUUAUGCUGGACAAAAUUUGGCAUAUAUUGGAGGAGGAAAUUCGAAUGCAGAACGAAUCAAAGCUCUUGUUCGAAAAUGGUUUGAAGAAUAUAAAGAUGCAAAUUCUUCAUUCAUUGAUAAAUACCGAAGACAUCCAAAUGGAAAGGCGAUUGGUCAUUUUACAGCAAUGAUUCAAGAUCGCACGGAUACCAUUGGAUGUGCAAUUCUACGACAUACAAAGAACUCGCAUUUCUUUCUUGCUUGUAAUUAUUCCUUCACAAAUAUGGUAAAGGAUAAAGUAUAUACAAAAGGACAAAAAUCUUGCAGUAAGUGUCGCACUGGAUGCAAUGCGAUCUACAAGGGUUUAUGCAAUCCACAUGAGUAUGUCAAUCCCGAUCCAGAUGAAGAUCUUGAUUGAUAAGUAGAAUAUGAAACGAAGGCGAAAUCUUGUCUAGACAUACAACGUUACCGUAAUUGGAUCCUUUCACAGAACGUAUUGCAGUCAAAUAGUUGAGAAAAUUUAACAAAGUGCACACUAUUUAUACGCUAAAUUUAUAUAAAUUUUAUAUCUUCUGCAAUAAAUUUUGUCACCAUAUUCGAAAAUUCA